UUGCGAGACAACGUCUGUGCAAAUAUACGUGUUCAGCGUCGGGGAGUAAUUCGAAUCGAAGGAAGAGCUCGUGAUUGGGCGAGCCGGAGGAAACGGAAUCAAAAUCGAUAGGAUAGCGGCUCUCGAGAGGUCAACUGUAGGACGUGAAAUAAUAUCAUUCUACGUCGCACGGCCGAGGAGAAUCGUCGCGCGUCAGAUUUACAUCGAUAAAGUACAGUACUUGUAGCAGCAGCGAAAUGCCGAUUGUCAGCAUCAAGGCACGUCAGAUCUUCGACUCCCGUGGUAACCCUACUGUGGAGGUUGAUCUUGUAACAGAUAAAGGUUUAUUCAGAGCAGAGGUACCAUCUGGUGCUUCUACCGGUGUCCACGAAGCUUUGGAACUUAGGGAUGGAGAUAAAUCGAAAUACCAUGGAAAAUCUGUCUUCAAGGCUGUAGACAACAUUAAUACUAUUAUUACACCUGAAUUAUUAAAGGCCAACUUGGAAGUCACCCAGCAAACGGAUAUUGAUAACUUUUUACUGAAACUCGAUGGCACGCCAAACAAAUCUAAGUUGGGUGCUAACGCACUUCUGGGAGUCUCUUUGGCAGUGUGCAAAGCUGGAGCUGCUAACAAGGGCGUUCCUUUGUACAAAUACAUUGCAGAAUUGGCCGGCAACGCGAACAUAAUCCUGCCAGUCCCAGCUUUCAAUGUGAUCAACGGUGGCUCGCACGCCGGCAACAAGCUUGCUAUGCAGGAAUUCAUGAUUCUACCAACUGGGGCUUCCAAUUUCACGGAAGCGAUGAAAAUGGGUACCGAAGUGUAUCACCAUUUGAAGAAUGGUAUUAAGAAGAAGUUCGGUCUUGAUGCCACGGCUGUCGGAGACGAGGGCGGCUUCGCACCGAACAUUUUGGAGAACAAGGAAGCUCUUAACUUAAUUAUCGAUGCCAUCAAAGUUGCCGGAUACGAAGGAAAAAUAAAAAUUGGCAUGGACGUGGCCGCCUCUGAAUUCCACAAGAGCGGCAAGUACGAUUUGGACUUCAAGAACGAGAAGUCCGACCCCGCUACAUAUCUGGAACCACAAGCUUUGAAGAAUCUGUAUCUGGACUUCGUCAAGGAGUUCCCGAUCGUUUCCAUCGAGGAUCCGUUCGAUCAGGAUGAUUGGGAUUCGUGGACGUCGAUCACUUCGUCAACACCCAUUCAAAUCGUCGGCGACGAUCUCACCGUGACGAACCCCGAGAGGAUCAAGACGGCCAUCGACAAGAAGGCGUGUAACUGCCUGCUGUUGAAGGUCAAUCAGAUCGGCACAGUGACCGAGUCCAUAAAUGCUCACAAGCUGGCUAAGAGCGCUGGAUGGGGCACCAUGGUCUCCCAUCGCUCCGGUGAAACCGAAGACACUUUCAUAGCCGAUUUGGUCGUUGGCUUGUCCACUGGACAGAUAAAAACCGGUGCUCCGUGUCGUUCGGAACGUCUGGCCAAAUACAACCAGAUUCUUCGUAUCGAAGAGGAGCUGGGAGCGAAUGCGAAAUACGCCGGAGAGAAGUUCCGCAACCCCCACGCGUGAUAGCCUGAUAUCUAACUGAAUCGAACCAAUUGAAGCUUUAUGGCACAUUAUAUAUAGAUAUUGAUCAAUUAUAAUGACGUAGUACUGGUUACAUCGUCCAUCGAAUAAUUUAAAGACAUUCUAUUUACUUUAUCAAGAUUGUUUUUUUUAUUAAAGCUCUCCUAGUUUUUAAGUAGGAGGAGGCGAGUAUCUUCUGGUUUUAAGGUAGCUUCCUAUGAAAUGAACGGUGAACUUUCUAAGUCAAGGAAUAAAAGAUUUAAAUAUUUAUAGUUUAACGAAAGCACACGAUACAUUGUUGUCGCGUUAAUAAAAGUGCGUCGUCUUCGAUUUUACUUAUUUGUCGCGAUUGAAAUAUAAUUUAAGGGUAAUUGGCAUUUGUGCUGUCGAACACCGAAGUAUUUUUCCUAUUUUUGUUCCUGUCCCUUUCUCAAUCAUAUCGUGAUUAAAUUAGAUCAGAGCUAUAGCUAUUUAAUAUCGAUCCCAAGCCAAUUUAGAAGCACAAAUGGUUUAUCAAUGAACAAUAAAUUUUAAAGACAAUAGAUGUUAUGUAUGUGUGCCAUAAACAUCGUUAAACAAAUAAACUGAUGUUUAUUUAAAUAAGAAUCACUGUAAAUCCCGUUGAUGGGACGUUGAUAGUGAAAUAAAAUUAUAAUUAUCCUA